AGCACAAGUCACCACAGUCAGUCAUCGGUGAGCAUCUCUGUCGCAGACCCGCGGAGGACUACAAACACCUUGCGGCAAAACACGCUCGAGCGUCCGGGUGAUCACUGCUGCCUCUGUCGCCUCCUGAAUUAUUUUGGGUCGUCAUAAGGCAUCGUUGUUUCCCGUAGUCCUCUCCUCCCUCAGCACCAGGGGAUGGAGGAAUGAUCAGCACCGACUCCUCUCCUCCUCUCUUCCUCCUCCUCCUCCUCCUCCUCCUCUGCCAGGUCUCCGUGCCCCCCGUCGGUCGUCGGAGCUCCACCGAGGAUGCGGGCCCCGCUGCUCCACCAGGCUGCGGUGUUCGCAGCCCUGCUGGCGCUGAGCACCUGCUUGACAGGAUCUUACCUGUGCCCCCGGAGUUUGGACUGUGCCCAGGCAGGACGACACUUCUGCCAGCCCGGCAGCUCACACUGCGGCCCCUGCCUGCGCCCCCUGGUGGAGAACUCCCACGGCCGCUGUGUGGUCAAGAGGAGACACGCUCCUCACCCCUUUAAAGGCAAGGCGAGCAUCUAUCCUGAGCUGGAUGAGCAGAUCGACUUCCUGUCUGCCAUCAUCAGUGAACAGAGAACCGAGUCCAGGCUGCCAGCUCCACCCCACCAGGAUGUCUCCAACCCCAAAUCCAAACAGUUCACUGAGGCCGGUCCCGCCCACGGAGUGUCUCCCACAGAGCAGCCCACAAACGGCACGUUUACCAGCAUGGCUCCGCCCACAACCAACCACACUCCCGUUCUGCUCAGGGAUCCCGUCAUCCUCCCCUACCCCUCUAAUGAUCGAGUCUUCAUCAUCAUGAGCAGCGUCUUCAUCGUGGUGGCGUCAGUGGCUUUGCUCAUAGCCGGGGCAUGCUGGGUCAGAUUGCAGAAAGGUGUGCGUCUAACUGAGAAGGGAGACUUCCCUGCAUAUAGAAUGAUGAGAGCCCAAGCCUUUGACAAUCUGCCGGGGGACAAGAAGCUGGCCCACAGCGCCCAGAUGUACCACUACCAGCACCAGAAGCAGCAGAUGCUCUCAUUGGAGAAACACAGGGAUGAGCCAAAGGUUCCUGACUCAGGAGCAUCCACGGAUGAGGAGAACGAGGAUGGAGAUUUCACAGUGUACGAGUGUCCUGGACUGGCCCCCACAGGGGAAAUGGAGGUGAAGAACCCUCUGUUUGACGACUCCACCCUUUACCUUCAGAGGCUCCACCAGUAAACCUGGACAGUGAGAUGCCUCCAACUGUGUAUGCAGCAUCUGUGCAUACUAAUAGUUGCAUUUACACACACACACGCACACGCACACACUCCACAUCCACAUGAACUGCUGUGCUCAGUCUAACCUUGUAAUGGACAGGAUGGAGAGUGUGAGGUACAUGGAGGAGUGAGAUGAUGAGGAGUGAGGUCUUCAUCGACCUCAGGAGGACGUCACAGCGUGGGCUUCAUGUCUGAAGCAGGGAUGGCUCCUGACACACAUAUCCAAUCUGAUAUCCUGUGUUAGUAGCAUCCUGUCCACAGAGAGCUGUCUGAUGCUACUGAGCUACGAUGUAGUAUUUCUAUCAGUCCAUUGAUUGAUAGAUGUCCGUGAUGAUCCAUGUUUAUUAAGCAGUAAAUACUCGGAAUUCAUUGAGUUUUCACCGCAGGCUUUGGUUUUUAUUUAAGCAUUUUUUUAAUGUGAUUUUAAUAUUUCAUGAAAACACAGUACUUUAUUAGUAUAUUA